AUGGAGAGAUUACCAUUUUCUGAACUUCUGAAGACCAUCAUUGGACUGUUUUUUGUAUUCGUCGGAUCAACAGUUGUUGCCAUUCAAUGUCAGAACAAGAAGAAGGAGAGAAAGCUCAACUUUGUGCAGGUCUCUUCGAAUAGUAAGUUAGUAUUUAUAGCCACGUAAAUACGAUGAUUUCAUGGCCAAAAAAUGGAGUUUUUAGGAAGCCUUGAUUACAAAAAGAAUGGAGAAAUGGUUGUGCGAGUGGAGCACAGUCAACGGAUAUCCGUGCAUGGCUCGGAUGCGGAUGAAGAGUUCCGGUUACCGGCUACAAAUCGACUGGAACGAAGUCAGGUACCUAUAUACCUACAGGGUGCGCCAAAAAUAUUGGGACUAAUAUUUUUACUUGCCCUGCGGGCUGUAAUGGUACAAGAGCGAAGUGGUCGCUUGUGCAAACGUGUAAUGCUCCCAAGAAUCCAUCUUCAAAGUUUCAGACAGAGUAGUCCCAUACGACACCUGUUCUGCCAUUAUAAGUGCUCACAACCAAGGCCCCUGAGACACGGACCCCAAAAUGGUUAAAAUUGGUAACACUUGCUUUACCGUUGCAUGCUAUGGGCAGAAAUUCACUUUAUAUGACAGAGUAGCGGUCGCUUUUUAUACACUAAAAAUGAUUUUUCCUAAUAAUGACGAUUAUACCUUUUACAGCCUGUCAAAGUCGGUCUCAAAACGCGCCGUUAUCCAGAAAACUUCCAUAAAAUCAAUGAUUUUUAUGUAGAAGUUGCAAUGUAUGAUUCCCAGCAUAUUAGGCAUCAGAGAUACUUUUAUAAGAACAACGAGAGUCUGACUAGUCGUCUUUGAAAAAUUAAUUUUUUAUCUUCUGCCUCUGGGGGAUGAAAUAGUGACUACAGCGGUAGAGUUUACUCUAGGGUUGCUCGUCAAGUGAGUUUGGACUGAAGAACGCUAAAAGUUAUUCGGUUAUGUCAGCGUGUAUCCCUAAUGCAGCGUUGCGUCGAUUUUUAUGCUCAAACACUUUCCAACUUGUAGUAAACUGCCAAAAUCUAUCAAGUUUCAAAGGACCGUGCCUCCAAUCCGCACCAUAAAGUUUUUUCAAUACAGAAACUGUCCCCUUGUAGGUGCAGAUUUGCUUUUACAGUAUAACAAUUCCCAAUGUACACGCUCCAUAGCCACAAAAUUUUAGAUCAACAUGGCGAUACUAUGGUAUUGAGAUCGUUAAAAACAUAAAAAUCCGAACUUUCGGGAAUUUUUUUAGUUUUUGCGACCAGCGCCGCCAGAUCGGUUGUCAACCAUGAUUACGCACACUGUUACGAAGUGAAUAGCAUGUGAUUUAUACACAAUCAAUUUGAAGAACCUUACUUUCCUUUAGCGGAAAUAAUGGGCAAAUUGAUUUCCCGGUCAUCCAUUUGAAAAGAUAAUUUUGGUCCCCUAAAAACUUUUGAUUAUUUUUUCAAGUUGUCAAUAGGCCCCAACCCUGGCAUUACCGUUGCUGUAUAGCACGAUAGUUACCCUUGCUAAAAGGCCUAAAAUUUUUAAUUUCUAGGCAAGCCGAAAGAAGCUACACGGAAUUGAUUUUUGUCCCAAUAUUUUUGGCGCACCCUGUACAUAAUAUUUUUCAGAUUUUUUGAGCGAUUUGAAAAGUUUUAAGGAUGUUGAUGACAAUAAAAUCUCUAGUCAUCCAAUCGGUCAUCAUGACAAUCCAAUGAAUAAUAUGUUGUUCCAAUUUGUAUCUGUAGCAUUUCUACCUUAGAAAUAGGCGAAAUUUUGACAAAAAAAUCAAACCCGAUUUUUCACGCCAUUUUUGGCAUUCUGUUUCAUAGACAGUUUCUACUGAUAGAAAGUGCAGAAAUAUAGAAGUAGACUUAAAAUGUAAUCUACAGUUGUUUUGAAAGCGCAAGAUGCUUUUUGUAUUGAUAAAAAAAAGCUGAGGAAGUCACAUUUUAGCCAACUUUCAUGUUGGGAUUUUUGUUUCUAUCGGUAAAAUGAAGCCUAAAAAUUAUAGUAAUGCUCACAUUCCUAAACUAUAAAACCUUAAAAUUCCGAUCUGUUAAAAUUUCUAUUUUGAUCCCAUUUUCGCAUAAUUAAAAAUAGUUGGACAAACAAACGUAAGAACUCAUUUCCAGGUCAACACACUUCAACGGACAGAAAUUACACAACUAACGGAUUCCAUGAACAUAAAAAAGACCCAAGAAUCUCAGUUGAGUUCGGAUGGAACUCAAAAACAAAGUGAAGCCAAUAGCGGCAGAAAUAAAAAGGGAAUCAAGAGGAUGAGUGCGAUUCUCAAAGGGGAAAAGGUACUUUUUGAGGUGUUCUUGAUUUUUUUGGGUUAUUGGAUUAUGAAAAUUAUUUUAUCCAAUUAUUACCUUUGUUGAUUCUUUUGCAAGAUUUUAAAUUUCAUUCCAAUUCCCGAGAUUUUUACAAUUUUUGGGAAUUUUUUUUAAUCCAAAUUUUUCUUGCAUCUUUGAGACUUUCUUUGUUAUUUUUAAACCUUGCUUUUUUCAACUUGCCGAAAAUUUUAGGAAUCCAGUCGGCUGGGAAAAAAGAAGCCAAUUUUCAUUCCGAACAAAGACCGACCAAAAGAAAACCCCGAGCAUGAUCACCGGGAGAAAACGGCUCUCAUCAAGUCCGCUACGAAGGACGAAAAUCCUGCUGAUAUCAUCGAAUGUUCAACUCAAGUCAUGUGA